GGUUAGGUAGGUUGUUCGUGGAUAGUCACAGCAACACUUUACCGUUCGUUUGACUUUUCACCCACCUAAAUCUUUUGAGGUGUCGGCAAUUUCGACUGGUGACAGUACUGCGGGAACUUAGAGCAACGCUUAAUUGCUGAAAAAUGUUGAUAAAAGUGAAGACCCUCACUGGAAAAGAGAUCGAAAUAGACAUAGAACCCACGGAUAAAGUAGAGAGAAUCAAAGAAAGAGUGGAGGAAAAGGAAGGGAUACCACCGCAACAGCAGCGAUUAAUAUUCUCUGGCAAACAGAUGAACGAUGAAAAAACUGCGCAGGAUUAUAAGGUACAGGGCGGGUCGGUGCUGCAUUUGGUACUUGCGCUGAGGGGAGGCUGCAAAUACGACAUUCCUCUUCUGUAAAACGAGCCCAUACUAAGAAAUCGUCCAAUCAGCAAGACGACAAGACGCAGAAUCACCACGUGUCAGUAACGGUCAUCAGUAUGCUCAUCUGCGCUCGCAAAGAGGACACAGUCCUCGCCAUAUAACGUGGUUACAGCUACAGCUUUACAACCUAAAUAAAUAUUUAAUAAACUAAUUUAGUGUCGUGAACGCGACGGGGUGUUUCUAUUUAAAGCGAUUUUACAAUGAACGGUAGCGCGUAUUCGGUUCUCGUUAUUUUCUCGUUAUCAAUCUUUCGCAUUGCGCGCUAGGUGUUACAAUGUUGUAAGUUACAAAUUACGAAUUACAAUGUUGUAAAUAUACCGAUUAUAAGAUGACUUUGAGCCGUAAGAUUGAGCUGGCGUUCGAACUUGUGAGCUAUGUAUUGUUGAUAAAGAUCUAAUGUAACAAUAAAUAUAAAUAUCAAAGGGUUUUUUUGUCAGGCAAUAAAUGCGAAAAAUCAAGCCACAAUAAAGCAUUGUCGACUGCUGUUUUUUUUUAUUAAUUUCUAAAUCUUAUAAUAAUUUUGCAGAAAAGUCGCGAUUGCUUUUCGUUAGAAAAGGGAACAACCACGUAAAAUCUAUAACCUGAAUUUUGUAGCAUCAAAUAAAUAAUUACUUUCUACGAUUUUUAAAUAUUUAUUUCGUCUCAUGCGUAAUUGAUAUAUUAGAGAAUUGCCAGCCGACUACGACUGUCCCGUUUUUCCUCUAUCUUCGUGAUAAUUACAAGUCUUACAUUUUAUCGUCUCUCUCGUUCUAUAAAUAAGCAGCUUUAACUGUAAAAACAGAGUAUUCCUCGCCAACGUCGUUUCUCCCGUAGAUCUUGCGUUGUCGAGAUCAACGACAAUAAAAAUAUAGCCGCAAAAUUA